AUGCUCAAUGGCGCCCUCUUCUUGCUCGUCUGCGCGGCCGCACGAGCUGCUGCUUCGGGCGGAGACGGCCCGCUGCUGAACGGGAACUUCGAGUACGCGCCCAACAGGUCCCAGAUGAACGGCUCGAGGGUGAUGGCGGCGAACGCGAUCCCGUACUGGAAGGUCACCGGCUUCGUGGAGUACAUCGAGUCCGGCGCGAGGCAGGGCGACAUGGUCCUGACGGUGCCGGAAGGCCGGCACGCCGUGCAGCUGGGCACCGACUCCUCCAUCCGGCAGCAGCUCAGCGUGACGCGCGGCAAGUACUACUCCAUCACCUUCAGCGCCGCGCGCACCUGCGCCCAGUCCGAGAGGCUUAAGGUGUCGGUCGUCCCCGGCGACGACGUCGUGGCCGACGAGCUCCCCGUCCAGACGGUGUACACCAGCAGCGGCUGGGACUCCUACUCCUGGGCCUUCAAGGCCAAGCAGGGCGUCGUGUCGUUCAUCAUCCACCACGGGGACGACCAUGCGGAGGACCCCGCGUGCGGUCCCGUCAUCGACUGCGUCGCCAUUAGAGCGCUCAAUCCUCCUCGAGCCACCCGCAACAACAUGCUGAUAAAUGGGGACUUCGAGGAGGGGCCAUACAUCACCCCGGGCUCGCCGUGGGGGGUCCUGGUGCCGCCCAUGGACGAAGACGACACCUCGCCGCUGCCGGGCUGGAUGGUCAUGUCCUACUCCAAGGUGGUCAAGUACAUCGACUCGGCGCACUUCCGGGUGCCGCACGGCACCCGCGCCGUGGAGCUGGUGGCCGGCGUGGAGGUCGCGCUGGUCCAGGAGGUGGCCACCGUCCCCGGCAGCUCGUGCAGGCUGCAGUUCUCGGUGGGCGACGCGGCCAACGGGUGCGUGGCGUCGCCCAUGCGCGUGCAGGUGGCCACGGCGCGCGGGAGCAAGAGCGUGCCGUACAACUCGAAGGGCACGGGCGGGUACACGCGCGACGCGCUCGACUUCACGGCGGACGGCAACACCACGCGGGUGGUGUUCUACAGCUCGGGCUACCACACCACGUCCGACGGCAGCGGCACGCUCUGCGGGCCCGUCAUCGACGACGUCUCGCUCGUCUGCAUUUCACGCCCGCAUGCUCGCCGGUUGCUCCGCUGA